CGCUCGGCCGGGAGCCCGCCGGGUCCGCCGUCCGCGAUGACCAGCAACAGCCUCGCCUACAGUGAGCAGCCGGGAGGAGGGGAGGCGGCGGAGCUGGGGCAGGAGGCGAUCCCCGCCCCCGCCCCCGCCGGCGCCUUCGGCCUCUUCGGCAGCGACGUGAAGAAGAAUGAAGAUCUAAAGCAAAUGUUGGAGAGUAACAAAGAUUCUGCUAAAUUGGAAGCCAUGAAACGGAUUGUUGGGAUGAUUGCCAAAGGGAAAAAUGCAUCUGAACUCUUUCCUGCUGUUGUGAAGAAUGUGGCCAGUAAAAACAUUGAGAUCAAGAAGCUGGUGUAUGUUUACCUGGUCCGAUAUGCUGAAGAGCAGCAGGAUCUGGCCCUCUUGUCCAUAAGCACCUUCCAGCGGGCUCUCAAGGACCCAAACCAACUAAUCCGUGCAAGUGCUUUGAGGGUCCUUUCAAGUAUCAGAGUGCCAAUUAUUGUACCCAUCAUGAUGCUCGCUAUCAAGGAAGCUUCUGCUGACUUGUCACCAUAUGUUAGGAAAAAUGCAGCCCAUGCAAUACAGAAAUUAUAUAGUCUGGAUCCAGAGCAGAAGGAGAUGUUGAUUGAAGUAAUUGAAAAACUUCUGAAAGAUAAAAGCACGCUAGUAGCUGGCAGUGUUGUGAUGGCUUUUGAAGAAGUGUGCCCAGAUAGGAUAGACCUGAUUCACAAGAAUUACCGCAAGCUUUGCAACUUACUUGUUGAUGUAGAAGAGUGGGGACAGGUGGUCAUCAUCCACAUGCUAACUCGAUAUGCGCGGACACAGUUUGUCAGUCCAUGGAGAGAGGAUGAUGGUCUAGAUGACAAUGAAAAGAAUUUCUAUGAAUCUGAGGAUGAAGAGACGGAAAAGAGUGACAAAAGGAAGAAGCAGUACACUAUGGAUCCAGACCAUAGACUGCUCAUUAGAAAUACAAAGCCUUUGCUUCAGAGCAGGAAUGCCGCGGUGGUUAUGGCGGUUGCUCAGCUGUAUUGGCACAUAUCACCCAAGUCUGAAGCUGGCAUUAUUUCUAAAUCACUGGUGCGCUUACUUCGUAGCCAUAGGGAGGUGCAGUAUAUUGUCCUACAAAAUAUUGCAACUAUGUCAAUUCAGAGAAAGGGUAUGUUUGAACCUUACCUAAAGAGUUUCUAUGUUAGAUCAACUGAUCCAACUAUGAUCAAGACCCUGAAGCUUGAAAUUUUGACAAACUUGGCAAAUGAAGCCAACAUUUCAACUCUUCUUCGAGAAUUUCAGACCUAUGUGAAAAGCCAGGACAAACAAUUUGCAGCAGCCACGAUUCAGACCAUAGGCAGAUGUGCAACCAACAUCUCAGAAGUCACUGAAACAUGCCUCAGUGGGCUGGUCUGUCUGCUCUCCAACAGGGAUGAAAUUGUUGUUGCUGAAAGUGUGGUAGUCAUAAAGAAAUUAUUGCAAAUGCAACCUGCACAGCAUGGUGAAAUUAUUAAACAUAUGGCUAAACUCUUGGACAGUAUCGCAGUUCCUGUGGCUAGAGCCAGCAUUCUUUGGCUAAUUGGAGAAAACUGUGAACGAGUUCCUAGAAUUGCCCCUGAUGUUUUGAGAAAGAUGGCUAAAAGUUUCACCAGCGAAGAUGAUCUGGUAAAACUGCAGAUUUUAAAUCUAGGAGCCAAGUUGUACUUAACCAACUCCAAACAGACAAAAUUGCUUACCCAGUACAUAUUAAACCUCGGCAAGUAUGAUCAAAAUUACGAUAUCAGAGACCGUACAAGAUUUAUUAGGCAGCUUAUUGUUCCGAAUGAGAAGAGUGGAGCUUUGAGCAAAUACGCCAAGAAAAUAUUCCUAGCACAGAAACCUGCGCCACUGCUUGAAUCUCCUUUCAAAGAGAGGGAUCAUUUCCAGCUUGGCACCUUAUCUCACACUCUCAACAUUAGAGCUUCUGGGUACCUGGAAUUAUCUAAUUGGCCAGAGGUGGCGCCUGACCCAUCAGUUCGAAAUGUAGAAGUAAUAGGGUUGGCAAAAGAAUGGGCUCCAUCAGGAAAAACAAAGAAAGAAAAUCCUGUUAAGAAAUUUUACUCUGAAUCUGAGGAAGAGGAGGAAGAGGACUCAUCUGAUAGCAACAAUGAUAGUGAGAACAGAUCUGGAAGUGAGAGUGGAGGGGACAGCAGUGAAGACAGCAGUGAGGACUCCUCCAGUGAGCAGGAGAGUGAGAGCGAGAGUGAGUCAGAAGUAGAAAACAAAAGGAGCUCAAAAACCCAAAGAAAAAGUGAUUUAGAAGAUAGGGGGAAGAAAACCUCAAGGUCUAAAACCUCGGAUAUGUCCAGCACUGGGUCAAGUUCAGCAGAAGAGAAUUCUUCAGACUCUGAGUCAGAAUCUGAAUCAGAAAGUGAAACUGAGUCCAGAAAAGUCCCUAAGGUCAAAGAAAAAAAGCCACAGCAAGAUAGAAAUCCUAUUAACCCCGGAGUUUCACUUCUAGAUCUAGAUGAUUUUAACCUUGUAUCCACUCCAAUUGCACUUCCCACACCAGCUCUUUCUCCAAGUUUGAUAGCUGAUCUUGAAGGUUUAAACUUGUCAAGUUCUUCAUCAGUCAUCAAUGUCAGUACUCCUGUCUUUGUGCCGACGAAAACACAUGUGCUCCUUCAUCGGAUGAGUGGGAAAGGGCUGGCUGCCCACUAUUUCUUUCCAAGACAACCUUGUAUUUUUGAUGACAAGAUGGUCUCUGUACAAAUAACACUGAAUAAUACUUCUGAUCGAAAGAUAGAAAAUAUUCAUAUAGGGGAAAAAAAACUUCCUGUAGGCAUGAAAAUGCAUGUUUUUAAUCCAAUAGACUCCCUUGAGCCUGAGGGAUCCAUUACUGUUUCAGUGGGCAUUGACUUUUGUGAUUCUACACAAACUGCCAGCUUCCAGCUAUGCACCAAGGAUGACUGCUUCAAUGUUAAUAUUCAGCCACCUGUUGGAGAGCUGCUUUUACCUAUGACUAUGUCUGAGAAAGAGUUUAAGAAAGAGCAAGGAAUGCUGACAGGAAUGAAUGAAGCUUCUGCUACAAUUAUCGCUGCACCACAGAAUUUCACUUCUUCCAUGAUCCUUCAGAAAGUGGUGAAUGUUGCCAACCUCGGUGCAGUGCCUACCAGCCAAGAUAAUAUACACAGGUUUGCAGCUAAAACUGUGCACAGUGGGUCACUGAUGCUAGUCACAGUAGAACUGAAGGAAGGCUCCACAGCCCAGCUUAUCAUAAACACUGAGGAAACUCUGAUUGGCUCUGUUCUGCUGCGGGAGCUGAAGCCUGUCUUGUCCCAGGGGUAACCUGCUUACAUCUGGACUUCAGAAUCUGGCACACAACAAAAGUGCCUGGCAUCCACUACUGCUGCCUUUCAUUUAUAAUAAUAGCCCUUCCAUCUGGCAGUGGGGGAAGCGUCCACUCCCGACAUUCUUGUCUCCUGCUUUAGAAUGCUAGUGCAUAUCUAUCCUGUAUGCCGUCCUUCCCCCUUUUCGCUUUGCUAACCAAAGAACAUACAUUUUGCUGUCAGUUGUCUCAACCCUUGCUGAAUCCAUGUGGCAUUUCUUUCUGUGUCUUCUUUUGACCUGCUGCUCUUCCCACUCUUUUCCAACAAGGUCAGAUGUGAAUCAGAUAUUAAAAACACAUUGAAAAUCAUCUUUGCUUCAGCAGUAAGCAAAAAUUAGCAAAGAAAUACUCUAAAUGACCUCUCAACUUGUUAUGUAAAAAUGAUAUAGCAUACUUCUUAAAAUUAAAUGCAAAAACAUGAUCUCUGCAAAAGUUCAUUUGAACUUCUUGACAUUGUAAUCGGUUUAUUGACAAUUUUCAUCAUAGAUUUAUCCCUGCAUAAUACGAUAAAUAAACUAGCACAUGAAUAGAA